AUGAAACGAAGCGGAACCGGUGGCUUGGGAGGAGCGGGGGCUGGCGGUGCGAGAGCUUCGGUCGUCGGAGGCAGCGGGCGGAGGCGCGGCUGGGUGAAUGCAAUGGCGCAGUGCGGGCACGGCGGUGCACCGCCGGGGUGGUCGUCGAGCUCCGGCAAGAGCGGAACUCAACCACCGGACCAGAUAGCGAAACAGGGAAGCAACAGUGGUGGUGCCACAACAAAAGGUGCUCGGGCUCGGGCGCGAGGCACCGGGUGGUCGCGGACGAGAGGUGCCGUAGGGGGCGUCGUGCACCAAGCGGAGACGGAGCAGCGCGGGCUGGCGGGAACAGCGUCGUGGCCGAGUCACGCGAGAGAUCGGAGCGGCGAAACAAGGUGGCAAUCGUGGGUCCGCAGCUGCCGGUGGUGCGUCGCUCGGGACUCAGCAACAACGAACCGGAGGCACGCGAGUGCGGGCGGCAGCAGCGACGGCAAACGGAACCAGCUUCGUGACGGAGGUGGCCGGGAAAGGGCCCACGGGUUCGGAGCUUCGGAGAGGCGCAAUGCGAGCGACGAAGAGAUCGGGCAACAGGGGAGCCCGGAACGGGCGGGGGGCAGCCGCGGCUUCGCUGGCCUCGUAGGUUGCGGUGAGGCGAGCGGGGACGUCGUUUGCUGGUCUUCGACUCCGAACAGCGUCGGCACGUCGGGCGCCGGGUUGAGCGGGCAAAGUGAAACGUGUGCGGAACCGGUGGCCGGGAGGAGCAGGGCCGGGCGGUGCGAGCUUCGGUCGUCGGAGGCAGCGGGCGGAGGCGCGGCCGGGUGA